AGUUUUACUUUAUUUGUGUAAAUAUGAAAAUGAUAUUAUAAGUGUUGGCCACUUAUAGCUCAAUAGCUGAUGCAGUAAUCUGAGGGGGUUGAUUAUAGAGUUUCGCUUUUGUUUCUUGUCUAUAAUCUCUAUAUUCCCCCAUAAGGACCUUUUUUUUUUCUUUCUGCAAGUCACUAAAACUGCCCCAAGAUAUGCAGGUUAUUACUUUUAUUUGCGAUUUAAAGUCUGUCUUGUGUAUUUGUCUAUCAUACCUUGUAGAUGUGAAAUAUGCAAGCAUUAGUUGUAUAAAGAAAUUAGGUAGCGCUGAGUUUGGUGCUUUCGAGUUCUGAUGUAUGAAUGGUUUGAUGAUGUAAGAGAAAUUAUGAGGGUUAAUUUUAUCUGAUUUUCCUGGAGGGUGUAGUUUCAUACCCAAAUUGGUCUUAUAGUAGUAAUUGUACACCAGCUUUACAAAGGAUAAGAAAAAUUCAUGUUUGGGGCUCCAAUGAUUUUGGAAGUGGCCCCAAUUUUUAGCUUUGGAUUUACUUCCUUUUAACAACUCACCCCAAAGCUAGUGGUCAAGUUGCUGAUAUUUAACUGUCAUUCUCACACUCUCCUAUCAAUCUUACAUAAUUCCUACAGCCACCAUUCAACUUGUUGAUCACCAUAACCCCAAAAAUGUAAUCCAUCUGUAACCUCAUCAUUUCUGUCUCUUCUAGUGCCAAAUUCCUUUUAUAGUUCCAUACUUGAAAUUCUCCAAUCACCAAUCACUUCUAUCUUUGUGCAGUCUCUCAAAUCCGUGAUGGCAGUUUCAUGGGAACAGAGUGUUACAAGCUCAAUAAACGCCAUAUAUCUCCUCUUCUCAGCCUACCUUGUUUUUGUAAUGCAGCUUGGAUUUGCUAUGCUAUGUGCAGGUUCAGUCCGUGCUAAGAACGCCUUGAACAUAAUGCUCACCAAUGUUGUUGAUGCUGUUGUAGGCAGCCUCUCGUACUACCUCUUUGGUUUUGCUUUCGCCUUUGGAACUGGCCCUGGAUCCAACCCUUUCAUCGGUACACAUUUCUUUGCUCUCGAAGGUGUGCCUGAUGGUGAAUAUGACUAUAGUUUCUUCCUCUACCAAUGGUCAUUUGCCAUUGCAGUUGCUGGGAUCACCAGUGGCUCAAUAGCUGAGAGAACACAGUUUGGUGCUUAUCUCAUUUUCUCUUUCUUUCUUUCUGGAUUUGUGUACCCUAUUGCAGCUCAUUGGGUUUGGUCUUCCAGUGGUUGGCUUAGCCCUAGUUCUGCUAAUCUGUUUCUUGGUUCAGGGGCUAUAGACUUUGCUGGAAGUGGUGUGGUUCACUUGGUUGGUGGUAUUGCUGGACUUUGGGGCUCCAUUAUUGAAGGACCGCGGGUUGGUCGGUUUGAUGCAUUUGGGAAGCCUGUUUCCAUAAAAGGUCACAAUGCAACUCUAGUGGUUCUAGGUACGUUUUUGCUGUGGUUUGGUUGGUUUGGGUUCAACCCAGGCUCUUUUGGUGAGAUCCUAGUAGCAUACCCAACCACCACCGACCAAGGUAAUUGGACUGCCAUAGGACGGACUGCUGUUACCACCACAUUGGCAGGUUCAAUGUCUGGAAUAGUUACCCUGUUUGGAAGACGUCUGUUGAUAGGUCAUUGGGAUGCACUAGAUGUUUGCAAUGGUGUCCUUGGUGGGUUUGUUGCCAUAACAUCCGGUUGCUCAGUGGUUGAACCAUGGGCUGCUGUUAUAUGUGGGUUUGUGGCAGCUUGGGUCUUAAUUGGACUCAACAUGUUGGCACUGAAACUGCAUUUUGAUGACCCAUUAGAAGCAGCUCAAUUGCAUGGCGGGUGUGGAGCCUGGGGUUUGAUCUUUACAGGCUUGUUUGCCAAGGAAGAAUUCUUAAUCCAGGUUCAUGACUCCGGCGUUGGUGGCAUCUCUCGUUCUUCUGGCCUCCUGCUGGGUGGGGGUUGGGGCUUGUUCGGGGCUCAAGUAACCGAGCUUAUAGUGAUUGCUGGCUGGGUUAGUGUGACUAUGGGCCCACUGUUUUACAUCUUGCAUAAACUGAGACUGUUAAGGAUAUCUAUUCAUGAAGAAGUUGCUGGUCUUGACAUAUCUAGCCAUGGAGGCUAUGCCUACCAUAACCAAGAUGAAGAUGAACGUCCACAGCGUUAUAAUGACUAUAUACAGAUGCGCAACUAGUCUUGAACUUGUUUAUCAGAAGCUUAUCAGCUCCUAUCUUUCAUCAAUGAUUGCCACUUGAUUCUUAUGUUUUCCCGGUCUUUCCUGCUGCAGAUGUAUAUUGCAUGUCUACAAGUUGAAAUUGUGUUUAGUGUCUAAAAAGCUUGUUAUUAGUGUGUAAGUGUGUAAAUUUUGUAAAUGAUACCCUUCUUAUAUUUCUAAAUAAAUUUUACUCCGUAGUAAACAAUAUUAA